AUGGUCAACCAGUUGAGAAGUAUGGCCUGCAGACAUGUCCAAAACAUGGUUCAAAGCGUCUCAAAAUGUUCUGGGAGUGAGGCACCAUACUCACCAAUUGUUGAUACUGGCUGUGAUUCCCCAUCUAGCCUUCCUAAAGCCUGUAAAACAUCGGGAUUAUCCGAAAAAAAGUCUGAGUCUCAUUCCGUAAUUGAUGCAAAGUGUCUGAAUAAAAGCUGCGUUUCAUCAAGUGUUCCUCAAGCCUGUGAUUUCCACUGCGAAGCAGACCAAAAACUAAAUGUCAAAUGUGCACAGUCAAAAAAGAUAGCAUCUGAAGAUUUGGAUGACCGUCAAUCUCCAAAUGACUAUCUCUGGCAAAAAUUAGAAGCACUGGUUGAUCAGAUGAUCUCAGAAGAGGAUGGAAUUCCCGUCCGCAAUGUUAAAAGUCUAAUGUCAAUAAUUCCUAGCACAUUUACCGGUAGUGAUAUUGUUCAUUGGUUGAUGGAACACAUUGGAGCUAGUGAUGUUACUGAAGCCGUUCAUAUUGCUAGUCGUAUUGCGUCUAUGGGUUACAUUUUUUGCAUUGAUGAUCAUGUACUCACUGUGAAAAAUGAUGGACAUACGUACUAUCGAUUUCAAACUCCUUUCCUCUACCCAAGUCGAUGCAUGGAGGCAGAUACGGCAGAUUAUGCUGUUUAUUUGUGUAAACGCACCAUGCAAAACAAACAGAGAUUGGAACUGGCUGGAUUUGAAGCUGAACGCCUGGCUAGUUUACAAAAUAUUUACUGCCAUAAAUGGGAGUUCAUUUAUAUACAGGCAGAAUCAGAAGCUAAAGUAGAUAAGAAAAGAGAUAAAUUAGAAAGACUGGUACUUGAAUCACAAGAACGAGCCUAUUGGGAUUUACAUAGACCACCACCAGGCUGUAUUAAUACAACGGAUAUUGAUAUGCGUAAAUUGUGUCGCGCUAAACGCCCUAAAAAAACCACAUCUCGUCCUAUAAAUUUUCCUAUUCCGAGUGGCCCAGAUGGAUCUAUUUUAUUCUCCGUUUUGGAUGGUCUUUCACUACGAGAUAGGAUAGACAAACUUCAUACUUGUUCACGUACAAGAAUUAAAUCAUCUAAAGCUGCUGAGAGUUUGCAAAACUUUGCCGAUCAGUAUUCUGAAUUCGAUUUACUUUUAUCUACGUCAACAUCUCUUGGUUUCUCUGCACCGUCUACAAUUGGAAUAAAUCAACCGAAUACAGCUUCUUCUACUAGCCAGUUGGCGUUAGGUAGUUUAAAUGUGAAUACUAAUUCUUCUACCACUGCCACUACUCCAACAUCUAUAUUACGUACAUCCGGUGAUAAAUUAAUUCACCAUACUCGUAGUAUUUCAGCUACUGGAUUUAAUGGAAUCACAUCAUUGACUUCAAUAUCAUUAGCUCGUACCAGCAGUGGAACGGGAAAUGGUGCACAUAAUUUCUCGACAGGUGGUCAAAUUUCUAGUGGACAUGGAUCAGCUGGACAUAUGGGAGUACUUACUGCUAGUUCACCUAAUUCGGUCUAUGAUCCUAAUCAAGAACCAGUUAGUGCAUUGAAUCCUUGGAUUUCUGAUAAUCCUGAUUAUUGGAAUACGGACUUACGUCCAAAAUAUCUACCUAUUCGUCGUAUUAAACGUUGGAGUUUCUCAAUUCAUGAACUAUUAAAAGAUCCAGUUGGUUUAGAAGAAUUUCAACGUUGGUUAGAAAAAGAAUUUUCAGCAGAAAAUCUCAGAUUCUGGCAAGCAUGUCAAUUUUAGGUUACCAAGAUAAAGUUAAACUAUACUGUCGAACGACCUAUUUUAAUUAGUCAGAAAAGAAUAAGUAUAGAUGAAUGAAUUAUAAUAUAAUACCAAAAAUAUAUCGUUGUUUUAUAUUAUUAGCUAAUUCGUAUAGGUUUGCUACAAGCUCUUAACCGUUAGAUUUUGGUGCAAAGAUCACGAUUAAUGGUUAUAAUUUCAAGAUGCUCUAAUCACCAAUUCUUUCCCAAAACCUGACCCUAAUCCCAGAUCUAACUCAAAUCAUAACCCUAAUUUUAACUCGGUCUUAAUCCUUAAUCUAGACAAAACUCUUCACUCUAACCCGAAAAUUAAACAUUAACUACUACGAUCUUAACCCUAUUAAAUAUUACGAUAAAAUAUAGUGUUUUUCUGCACUCAUGUUCUGUCAUUUCAUUCCCCCAUUCACAAGUGAAUGUUUUCUUCACCAAUUCAACGCCCUUUGAAUAACUAACACUGUUUCCUUCACGAAAGCUUAUCAUUAUACGGUUCCUGAUUAACAUUCUGGCUUAAUUAUGGUUCAACAAAUGUCAUUGUUAGGUUCACUUGAAAUCUCUAAAUUCUUUCCUCAUUUGACUUAUUUUUUAUUGCUUUAUACUACGUGUUACUAUUCAAUAAACAGUUUCAUUUCUAAUAAUUUUUUGACUUAUGGUGCAAUGUAUGUUUAUCGAUGUGCUAUAUUCUGAGGUAUUUACAUAAACUAAUAACAUUUACUGCGUCUAUUGCUGUAAUUAUGUUCUCUCAACUCUUGUAACAACAAUUUCUAGCUUUCGUGCAUUUCUUAAAUCUUUGUUUAGAUCCAAUAGUUUCCAUAUUUUUGUCCUCUUAGUCCCUGUUUGGAUUGUUGAUGGUCAUUAUUAACUUCAAACACAAUUACCGACCGUCAUUUACGCUAUCACAUAUUGUAAUUAAUCUUAAC